AUGGCCACAGACGAGCCAACCAAGCAGAAACUAUGGGGAGGACGGUUUACUGGAAAGACAGACCCGUUGAUGCAUGCGUUCAAUCAGUCGCUGUCCUACGAUAAGCGGAUGCACGACGCAGAUAUCCGAGGCUCAAUUGCAUACGCAAAGUCCCUCUGUCUCUCUGGCCUCCUGACAAAAGAGGAGGAGCAAAAGAUGAUCGAUGGUCUGCAGCGAGUUGGCCAAGAGUGGAAAGACGGCGUGUUUGUGAUCAAGGAAGAUGAUGAAGACAUCCAUACAGCUAACGAAAGGCGGCUGAGCGAACUCAUCGGCCCUUUGGGUGGCAAGCUACAUACAGGGCGUUCCCGAAACGAUCAAGUUGCAACAGACAUGAGGCUGUGGUUGCUUGAUCAAGUCGGUGAGCUCGAACAUGCGCUCAAGUCUGUAAUUGGUGUGAUCGUCGAGAGAGCCGACAAGGAAAAGGAUAUUCUCAUGCCAGGAUACACGCAUCUUCAGCGAGCCCAACCCAUCAGGUGGUCGCAUCUCAUCCUCUUCCAUGCCUUUUCGCUUCAUGCGGAUCUCCAACGCCUUCAGCAACUCAUCCCUCGGAUUUCUGUUCUCCCGCUUGGAUCAGGUCCACUUGCAGGCAACCCAUUCCUCGUGGACAGGGAUUUUCUUGCCAAAGAGCUCGGCUUCCAGUCCGUCGCAGAGAAUAGCAUGUGGGGCGUAGCCGACAGGGACUUUAUUGCCGAAUUCUUGAUGUGGUCGAGUCUCUGCAUGGUUCACUUGAGCAAACUUGCGGAGGAUCUAAUCAUCUACUCGACCUCAGAGUUUGGGUUUAUCACGCUCAGCGACGCCUAUAGCACUGGCUCGAGCGUCAUGCCGCAGAAGAAGAAUCCCGACUCGCUUGAAUUGCUUCGAGGAAAGACUGGCCGUGUCUUCGGCGACAUGUCUGGCUUCUUGAUGACGCUCAAGGGUUUACCGUCGACCUACAAUAAGGAUUUGCAAGAAGAUAAGGAGCCGCUCUUUGACGCCGUGGAUACCAUUGGAGCAUCCUUGCGUAUCGCCGAGGGUGUCUUCUCCACACUCAAAGUGAACGCAGAGAAGAUGAAGAGUGCAUUGACGAUGGAUAUGCUCGCCACCGAGCUCGCAGAAUACCUUGUCCGUAAAGGAAUGCCAUUCCGAGAGACUCAUCAUGUUUCUGGACGAGCCGUUGCACUCGCUGAAUCCUUGCAAGUCCCCAUCUCCGAGCUCACACUGGAACAGUACAAGAAGCUCUGUCCAUUGUUCGAGGAAGACGUUGUAGGCGUAUUUGAUUUCGAGGCGAGUGUAGAACGCAGGGCAGCCAUCGGUGGUCCGAGUCUGCAAAUGAUUGAGCGGCAGGUUUCAGUGCUUAGGAAAGAGUUGAAUCAAUAG